AUGUCGGCAUAUUUGUGUUACGUUUACAUACGUCUCAUUGCCCUUGUUGUUGGUGUAUCUGUCAACGCCUUCACGUUGUUUAUCAUCAUCUACAACUCCAAGUUGCGGCACCAACGCAACAUCUUCACGUUUAACCUCGCCUUAGCAGACUUUGUGGCAGCCACAUGUGAGAUAUUGCGUGCAACACUGAUCAGUGGAGUUCUGAUUGACUGCACCCAGGUCAUCUUUCACAGCGCCAUCCUCGUCUCUGUCCUGAGCGUCCUCGCCGUCGCUUGCUACCGCUUCAUCGGCAUCGCCUUCGACCCGUUCGGAAGUCGUAACCUGGUCACCACACCCCGCUGCAUCGUCGGCAGCGUCUUGAUGUGGGUGGUCAUGACGUUUCCCUUAAUGCUCCUCUUCUACUGCUCCACCGUCUACCGGCCUGUUCUGUUCACCAUGAUGCCGAUCAUUAUCCUGUCCAGUCUGGCCAUCACUGCCUUCUGCUACUGUAUGACCUACAGGGAUAUCGCCAACGCGUCGGGCAAGCAGAGUGUGGGCGGAGCUGAACAGAUCAAGGGGCGGGUGAAGGAGAACCGUAAGGUCCUCUUGACUUUCGCCGUCAUCACUUUGACCAGCAGCGUCUGCUGGAUCGUGCACUGUUUCCACGACAUCCUCCAGAUCUACUCCAUUUACUACAUCAACAUCGACGCCGUCAGCAACAUCCUGGUCGCCCUCAACUUCGUCAUUGAUCCCGUUAUCUACUGGUGGAGACUGGACGAGUUCCGCGCCGUCUUCGUCAAGAUGUUGUGCAUGGAUGCGCUGGUCCGACGUCUUAAGAAGGCAGUCGGUCGUGUCGAAGACAGCUCAUCUUCUUCAUCGUCGUCGCCUUCGUCUGGUACGAAGAUUUUCAGCCUGACCGAUUCGAUGAAGGUCGUUGCUCGAGUCUCGUCAACGCCAUCGAUUUCGGAGACCUAAAUGUAGCACUCGCGAGCGCUCGAGCUAUGGUUCAUGGAAGUUAUGAUGAAGAGGCUACUUCUUAUUUCAAGACAUGUUCCGACGAUGAUUUUUUCCACAGUCAAAAUUCUACAUUACAUUUUCAUCCUUUUUUUUUGAUAGUUCCAUUGAAUGUUUUUUUUUCUUCUCUAUAUAGGCUUUUACAUUAAUAGCAGCCAAAUUGAACAUAAAAUCUUUCCUUAAAGAGGGACGUUUUGUCACUUGCUCUGAUGACGUGUAAAAUUGCUCGACGCUCGAGAUCCAGCACUUAUAAAUUCCUUAGCUCAGCCCUUGACCCGAUCGCCACCCUAAACCUAACAUCUUCGAAUUUUUUGAAAAAGAAAAUAAGGAGCAAUAUGUCGCUGGGGGAUGUGUCAGAUUACCACACAUUCAUAAAACAACUUUGGACUUUAUUGUCGUUGUUGCUGGAAAUGUUUUUAUAACACCCUCACGUGAAAAUCGAUUUUAAAAAAAAAGUCCUUAGAAAUGGAACAGCCAAAAAUAAAUUGGUUACCUUUUCUAAAUUUGUAGUUUGCAUAUUUUCUUUGUAAAUUUAUUACGCCGUGUGGAUUUUGUUUAAAUAAUGGUGAAACAAAAGAUUACACCUUAUUUAGUGUCAAAUUAUAUGUGUUAUUCACUUUGCUUUGCACGACAUGCAUUUUGUUGGUAAUUUGUAAAUAAAUUUUAAAUGUCAACCGGUGCUUGUGUGACCAGAGGACAGGUGCAUUAUUUACAUUGUCAUAAUAGUAUACGGCUGAUAUUGUAAACUAAAGAUUAAGAUUAUAAAGGACAAACACACUGUUUAUUUAGUGUGUGAAUUGUUGGUAUUGUCCCCAUUUCGUCCAUUAUUAUAUGAUAACAGAUAAUAAUUUAGAAAAUUACUUUUCAAGCUCUGCUGGAAGAUUGUGUGCCCCGAAUGGAACGAAGCUGGCGUAUUCCCCCAGUCCAUCCCGUUACUGCCAAAAUUAAAAUAAAAUGAAAACAAAUUUCCCUUUUAAAAUUUAGUUGCAGUGGGUUGCCUUGGAUUGCAAGAAAAUUGCUAUUGUCGUUAUUCCCCGCCUCCCGCCCUUUCCCGAACUCAUCGGCCUACAAUAAGUUGGAUUACCUUUCCCAGUCCCAGUUUAUUUCGCCUCUCUCCCCCACCCUGUCUCUCUCUCUCCCUCUAUCUCUCUCUCUCUCUCUUUCCCUCUCCCUCUCUCUCUCUCUCUCUCUCUCUUAUGAAAAUCCUUAAUCCACCACUGAUUGCUUUAUUCAAUAUUUCUCGUUGCAAAUGUAAUCAAUUCACAUUGAGACCUAUGACUUGUCAUUAUGGGCAUAUAAAUGUUGAUAAUUUAAUGCAUUUCAAUCAAACGAGCAUUUUGUUUUAAUAUGUAUCAAAUAUUAUGUGGUCGCAAAUUUUGUUCUUUAAAUACCUAUGAUUUGUAGUGAGUAAUGCACACUUAAUGUUAUUGUAAAAGCUAGAAUUAAAGGAGGAAAGUUAUAUAUAAUUGAAAAUGAAGUAUUCUAGUGAAUCAGCAUAAAGGGAUAGUUGAGUUUUGUUGCAGAGGGGGCUACACAAAAUAAUUUCUUGUGAGAUAAUGAAAAACUGAG